AUGGGCGUCGUCGAAUACGACAGCUCUCCGGAAAGCAUCGCCCAACUUGAACGACGUCCAUCUAACUGCGACAGCAUCGAACUCCAGCGCAUCAGCACUUAUCGUCUCCAACAGCAGCAGACCGUGGGCAGUUGCCACAAUCGUCCUCCCAAGGAUCAGUGGUUGCCAAUGGGAGCUACCAAGCCGUACCCUCCUUCUUUGCCUGACCCUGAGAACUAUGUCGUGGAGUUCGAGGGAGCAGAGGAUCCUAUGCAUCCGCAGAACUGGCCCAUGCGCAACAGAAUUUUCCUGGCUGGACUGUUGACCUUCAGCGCAUACGUUUGUGCGUACACCAGUGCCAUGUUUCCAACCGCUGCUCAGGGCGCGCAGAAUGAGUUUGGCUUUGGUCAAGAAGUCGCUGCUCUGGGAACCACUGUGUAUGUUUUGGGCUUCGCCGCUGGACCAACCGUCUGGGCACCUGGUUCCGAGUUGCUGGGCCGUAGAGGACCGUUGUUAGUGGGCAUUUUUGGUUUCAGUGUCUUCACGAUCGCUUGUGCUACUGCCAAAGAUACGCAGACGAUUAUGUUGACACGUUUUUUCUCUGGAUUCUUUGCUGCGAGCCCUAUUGCCUUGGUCCCUGCGAGUCUGUCGGAUCUGUUCAACAGUGUUCAUCGUGGAGUGGCCGUUGGCAUGUACACCAUGGCAGUCUUUAUUGGACCCUUCACGGCGCCGAUCAUUGGUGGUUUUGCCGCGUCGAACCUGGGCUGGCGAUGGACGCUUUACAUUCCCUCUUUCUUCGGCUUCUUCAUCCUCACGCUGCUCGUUCUCCUCGGACGUGAAACAUAUGCUCCAACCAUCCUCGUCGAGAAAGCCACUAUUCUCCGCCGCCAAACCCGCAACUGGGGCAUCCAUGCACGCCAGGAUGAGUUGGAAAUCGACUUCCGCGAACUGAUCACCAAGAACCUGGCUCGUCCCGUGCGACUGCUAUUUACUGAGCCCAUUGUGUUCCUUCUGACACUGUACAUGUCCUUCAUCUAUGGUCUCGCCUACGCUCUGUUGCAGGCAUAUCCUGUUGUUUUUGGCGAGGUGUAUGGCAUGCCCGCUGGAGUCAACGGAUUACCCUUUAUCGCUUUGAUCCUCGGCUUGAUCCUCGGUACCCUAUUCGUGCUUUCUCUGCAAAAGUCGUAUAUCCAAAAGCUCAAAGACAACAACAACGUUCCUGUGCCUGAGUGGCGUUUGCUGCCCUGUAUCGUUGGAGGCGUGGCAUUUGCCGGUGGAAUUUUCUGGUUCGGAUGGACGGGAUUCACCACUUCGAUUCAUUGGAUGGCUCCCACCGCAGCCGGUCUCCUCGUGGGCUUCGGCAUGGUCACGAUCUUCAUGCAGGGAUGGAAUUACCUUUUGGAUUCGUACCUCAACUUUGCGGCAUCCGCCUUCGCUGCCAACACGAUGCUCCGAUCCCUCGUCGGCGCGUGCUUCCCGCUCUUCGCCAAACAAAUGUUCGAAAACCUGGGCGUGCAGUGGGCCGGAACGCUGAUCGGAUGCAUCGCGACCUUGAUGAUUCCGAUUCCUAUUGCCUUCCGUCUCUACGGACCGAAGCUUCGCCGGAAGAGUCGCCUUUCGCCUACCAACGCGUGA